GUGCCCGACUACAACCAUGUCCUCGCAAGCGCAGCCGCAGACGCAGACCCAACGCCCGGUCGUGUUCAUGGACAUCAACAUCGGCGAGACCCCCGCGGGCCGGCUCAAGAUGGAGCUCUUCAGCGACAUCGUCCCCAAGACCGCAGAGAACUUCCGCCAGCUCUGCACCGGCGAGUACAGGAUCAACGCGCGCCCGCAGGGAUACAAGGGCGCGGUAUUCCACAGAGUCGUGCCGAAUUUCAUGGUGCAAGGCGGCGACUUUAUCAAGGGCGACGGCACCGGCUCCUUCUCGAUCUACGGCGACAAGUUCCCCGACGAGAACUUUAUCGAGAAACACAGCGGCCCGGGGCUGCUCUCCAUGGCGAACUCGGGGCCGAAUACGAACGGGUGCCAGUUCUUCAUCACCACCGCCAAAUGCCCCUUCCUCGACGGCAAGCACGUCGUCUUCGGGCGCGUGCUCGACGGCAUGCUCACCCUGCGCAAGAUCGAGGCCGUCCCCACCGGCCCGAACAACAGGCCCAAGUUGGCCGUCAAGAUCGUCGAAUGCGGGGAGAUGUAACGCGCUACCAGUCUAGACAGACGAGGUGAAGAGCGGGGUCGACGGCGGCGAAAAGAGAGGGCGGAAGAGAAAUCUGGGAAAAUGUAGUACCAUCACCACCUCACUUGCUCGAAAUUCUAUCCAACGCACAUGCCCCCGCGCACGUCGUCCAUCAUGCAUCAUGGUCCAGGUCCACACCGCCCCACGCAAAGAAAACUCGUACACAA